UCGCGAGGGGCGCGCCGGCCCCCUCGCCCCACGAGCUGGGAAAUCGCUCUUCGCUCGCCUCAGUCUGGCUCGACCGUCGCACGGUAACGACGUAUACGAUUUAUGUGCACGCUUACCACUCGCGAGUAUCCGCUCGAAUAAACACUGCAUCAGAUAUCCGAACGAAAAGAGCGCGCGCAGCGAAAAUAGUGAGCUCGUGGCCGGGACUAUCUGAAAGCAGGUGGGAGAACAAGUGGUAGGUGUGGGCAGUACGAUGCUGCCUGCGCUGGCGCUGCUGGUGCUACUGGCACUGGCCCCGGCCAGGCCGGCACUUGCCCGGCGACAUGCACCCGACUUGCGCGAAGAUGAGCCCGCGCGUCGCACUACACGCCCUGCCGAAUGUCAAUUCGGGAAACAAGCGAAAGAGCUUGGUUCGAAGUGGUUUGCAGACCUUGGUCCGCCUUUCGGUGUGAUGUACUGCAUCAAAUGUGAGUGUAUAUCGGUGCAAAAGAAACGACGGGUCGUUGCGAAGGUCCACUGCCGCAAUAUAAAAAACGAGUGUCCAGAACCUUCCUGCGACACGCCAACACUUCUACCAGGUAGAUGCUGCAAGACCUGUCCAGGAGAUAUUAAUUCAAAAUUCCUCCUGUACGGAGUGAGUGGCAACAAUGAAUCACUUUCGACGAACACAGAGGAGCCGAACGUUGUUAGCGGCGUGGGGCAGUCGACUUCGACGACGUUGUCGACAGCUCGUCUGCCGCUCGCAUCUAAUACGAUAAAUGAUAAAUUCAUAAGUUAUCGUGAUAGAUAUGGCUUAAGAUGGAGUAAUGAGGGGCGGCUGAGUGUGCGUGUGUGCACUCACAGAGCUGUUCAUGGUUCAUCGGGCAUCGUAUCACCGACCACCGAGCAGUCGAUCACGAGUGUAUCUAAUUCAGUGUGCCUCGUGUACCUCCGAGGAAUUUGUUUUGUGCACGCCGAUGCUCCUGAUAUUGUGCAAGAUGAUAGUCCAACGGUUGUCAUAACGGCUAAUGAAGAUGAGGAACUAAGUACAAGACACUUUGGCGCCUUACUUACCGGUCGUUCACCACUGUGCAUUCGACGAGACGAUAUGACAGGAGUCUCUGUAGCGCCAGGCGUUGCUACCGCUCGCUUUACUUUUCGACGUCGCCAUCUAUUUUGGUCUGUUAUUCUCGGACCUUCUAUGGAAGUACAACCGCGAUCAUUGGCUUUUCUAGAUAGAGGUGGACGCAUGCUCUUGGAACAUCCUUUAAAAAAAGCUCCUGGGAUUCACGCUCUUUAUGAGGAAAAAACCGAUAAGGUCCUCAAUGAAUUGCCUUGUUUACAGUUGUGUGGCGUCUGGCGUCGAGUGCCACGGGAGUAUAAGCGCUUAUUGAGAGAAGGCAAUCUGUAUGUGGCGUUGAUUUGGGGUGACGAGCGUAACAAUUCUAUGGAAAGUGCUCUCAGCGGUCGAAUAAAUAGAUACCCAGCGCUUUCUACGGAAAUGUUUACGUCACUCCUCGAACCUGAACAUAUACCCAUGACGAUUGGUAACGGACCGUGUGACGAUUACCGCACACCAGGACAAGAGGAAGGAUGGUGGGGAGGUACAGCUGUAGUUACUGGGGCGGCUGGAGCUGCACCCAGCUUACAUCUGGCUAUCAUAUACAAUGGUGUAUUCAUGCCUGUGUCUAAAGACCAGUCAGUAAGGGUUCUCCUGACGCUUCCAGAAAGAAACCAGACAAUAAUUGAUGAGAUUCAAAAAGUAAGCAAACCAGGCUAUGAACUAAAUAUUCUAGAAGUUUCUACUCCUGUUUCUGCUGCUGAGCUGCGGUCUUUAUCAAGAGGCCGAUUGAUGUUAUCCGUCGAAGCGUUAGGAACUUCAGAAAGACGUAUUUCCGGUAGUGUUAGACAACGAGUAGCCUGUGAAGUCUUCCAUGCACCUUUAAUGGCAGAAAGACCACCAGCUGGUCCUGCUCCUGAGGGGCUGGCUAUGGUAUACAUAGACAAGGAUGGAUCACUUGUGUAUCAUAUACAGUUAGAGGACUUUCGAAUUUCUGACCCAAAAAUGACUCUAGUGGAAGAACAAGGUAAACGUCAUUCACAAGUGGAAAUAAUCAAUACUCUAUCGGGAGUUCUUGCAAGACCGAGCGCUCGUAUCUUCCCUCCGCUUUACGAAGAUCAACUUGCUUUUCACAUUGGUACAGAUACAGGUCCUCCAAUGUUACGGGGAAGGUUGUUAUCACGACCGUUACCAGACGCUGCCAGUUCCGUACCAGCUCUGUUAAGACGCACAGAUGUUCGAAUUUCUCCUCCGAUAACAACAGUUGCUGGUCUUGCCUGGGUGUCUGUUGAUGCUUUAUGUGGAAUGAACUAUGAGGUGGUAAUAAAUGGCUAUCCCAAUCAAUGGUCUGCCUGGCUGGACAGUCAAACUAUUGGUGGUUCAAGAGCAUUAACUGGAGCCGAGGGUUCAGUUCUAGAACCAUCAACGGCUGAGCUAUCGGCGUUAAACGCUGGAAAUGCAUAUAUUAACGUGCGAGGUUCAGAUAACGACACAGCAUUCCUGCGCGCGCGUUUACCACAGAUAAGCGUGCCACUCUCGUGUCUGCCAGAGGUGCCUGACUCUGAUAAUGAGCUGAACGCAAACUAUGAGCCAUCGCACGUUAAUUCUCCUCCACCUGACAAUUCACUGUCUAACACAGCGUCAUGCUUUUAUUCUGGAAAAACAUACGAAGACGGAGCGCAAUGGAUAUCUACUCAGACUUGCCACAUGUGCAGCUGUGUGCAUGGUGUUCUACGUUGUGACCCAGUGCAUUGCCCGCCCGUCAACUGCGCAGUGCCCACUAUACAACCACCCGGACAAUGUUGUCCCAUUUGUACAAAUUCAACUACAGCUGUUUGGAAUGAAUCCCAUGGAUGUCAUUUAGCCGGUCAAUAUCAUGCGCCUGGAUCUUCUUGGCAUCCAUAUCUCGUUCCCGGAGGUUAUGAUACAUGUGCUAUAUGCACAUGUGAAUUUCAAACACGGCAAGUGCGAUGUCCUAGAGUACGAUGCCCACCUUUAAGAUGUGCAGAGAAAGAUGCUUAUAGGCCGGACAAAAAAGCUUGUUGCAGAGUUUGUCCUGAGGUUAAGGCAAAGAAAACGGAAGAAGAAACGCCUAAGGAUCAAGGUGCGCCGCGGACUGCUGAAGAAAUUUUGGCGGAGGGCGGCUGCAAGUUUCCGGACGGACCGCUGCCUAACGGCAAAGAAGUUCAUCCAUCGAUACACUCUCACGGCGAACAAAGAUGUGUCACGUGUCGAUGCAAGGUGAGCGAUAAUAAAGAUUUACACUGUAUACAUUUUUUUAAUACAAUUAUUCUACUGAUUUCGAUUAUUUCGAAUUAGUUUCUACAAUACUUUACAAUUUUAGCCUUGUAAAAAUCAGGUAACAGAAAGCGCUGUGUGUCAGACGCUUGCAUGCGGGUGCAAAA